AUAUUGAUUUCUUGCAAUGAAAUCUGGAGGGACAGACGAGGUAUACUUCUUUUAUGUCUUCUGUCUGGAUAUAUACAAAUGACAACACUGUACGGAUAAAAUUUUCCUUAACCAUUAUAUUAUUUUCUUUGACGUAGUUUUCUAAUUCACCAUUGUUUAAGCGUAGAGUGCGCUAAAAAACCAGUGGUUUUUUUUCUAGUCAGUAUUUCAGAGACAUGAAAUCCCAUUUGAUGUCCGGUCUAUCUUAUUGUUAGUCAAUGGUAGAACAAACGAUCUAACUUUUGUUAGAAUUUAAUUUUUAUUUUUUAUUAGCUCAGUAUAUUUUCUUAUUUGAUAAGAUUUUUCAACAUUAGUUUGUGAAUACUCUUAUAUAUAUCUGAUAAUGAUUCGUAAGUAAAUGCUUUACUUAAAUCAAGAAAUAUUUAUUACAUGUCACUGUAAAACGCCAUCAAACGAAAUUAAUUCAAAAAUGUACGAAACAUAAUAAAAUUUAUUUUUUAGCCAUAACUAAAAUAAUGGAUUGGACACGAGAAUAUUUUAUCACAAAUAAAUCGGAUUGUAAUCUGAUAUUGGAAGAUCUAGAUGUUUUGAAAGAAAUUCCAUUGUUAAAUAAUACUCCUGUUCAUAAACUAAAAGAUGGACAGUUAGUCAGAUUCAAAGGGAUGAUUCAAGAUAUGCACAAUCCUGAAUAUUAUUUACAAAUGUAUGAAGUCAAGAAUACCCAAACUGAAACAUAUCAACUAAAAUGUGGAAUGUACACAGAUUCCGCAAAAUGUUUGCCACAUGAAACAAUUUUAUUGGAAUCAGAGAAAAAUCAAAGUUCAGAAAGAUACACGUGUAUUGUAAUUUCAACUCCUGGUUUAAAUAAUUGGGCAAAGGAAACACAUGAACAAUUACAUUACUCAAAUAUAAGAUCAAUGAAUAAAAAAAAUUUAGAUAAAGAUAAUUUUAUGACAACAAACUUGGAAUUGACAAAAAAGAAAGAAGAACUGUCACCAUCCAAUAGUAGUGAGAAAAUAGAUGAAAUAAGAUGUAAUACAAGUCAACAAAGUAUAUUUUCAAUGGAAUAUGUAUUAAAUUUUCCAAUCCCUAUGGAUGAUGGUAAAGCUUGUAUUGUAAAGAUAUACGAAGAUAUAUCUUUAAAAUUGAAUCAAAUUAUUGAAAUAAUAGGUUUUAUAUCUUUGGAUCCUCUUUUAAACAUCAUCGAUGAUUUAGAUGAGACUAUGACCGAAGCCGAAAUAACUGUGCACCACCCACCAGCAUCUCUUGUCCCUCGAUUACAUGCUAUAAAAAUAAUCCAUUCAACUAAAGAUAUAAAAAUUGUUCCGCAAAUAAUGUCUAAAGUAGAGUUAAUAAGAAAUGAUCUUCACUUAAUAUUAAGUCAACUUCUAUUUGGGGAUCAUCUGGCUGCAGAUUAUUUAAUCUGUCAUUUACUUUCAUCAAUUUACAUGAAGAGGGAUUACUUUUGUCUUGGUACUUAUCCACUAAAUAUAACACACUUCCUUACUAAAUACAAGGAAUUUCCAAAGGACUUAUAUAAAUUUUUAUCUUUGCUCAUUGAGAAAAGUUACUUAUUGGAAAUUACUUUAGAAAAUUUGAACAAUUUGACAUUGUUGCCAAAGAAAGAUUACGAGUGUAAUAGGUUAACUAGUGGAAUACUUCAACUUAGUGAAAAUACACAUCUCGUAAUAGAUGAAACAGGAUUAACUACUGGUCAAAUUACGCAAACUGGACGAGAAAAUUACAAUGCAAUUUGUGAUUUGGUUAACUUUCAGAAAGUUAUAUAUGAUUUUAAAUUUUAUAAAAUAGAAUAUGAUACGGAUAUUCCAAUUUUAAUUUUAUCAAAAGCUAAAUCUUUUAUUCCUUGUCAAACUCAAAUUGUUCUAAAAAUAGAUUCAGAAUCAGAAAGCAUUUAUCCUCAAAUAAUAGAAAUUGCUGAACAAUGUUUGAAAGAUGAAAAUCGAUUGACAAAUAUUCGACAAUAUUUAAAAUUUAUACGAGAUACGAAAUUCGAAUUUAAUGAUGAAGAUGUUAUUAAGGAAAUUCAGAAUGAUUUCACACAAUGGAAACGAAGAAACAAAAAUGCUGAUCAUUUACAUUUAUUAAUGGUAUUAGCUAGAUUAUUGUCUUUGUCACAUGGAUUUAAUACUUUGACUAUAGAAUAUUGGAAAAAAGCAUUCCAAAUGGAAGUAGAAAGAUUAGAUAGAAUAGAUAAAUUGUUAGAGAAAAAAUAAAUUUUUAAUUGUUAAUUUGUACUUGUUUAUUACAUCUCUACAUAUGGAAAUUUAUUAUUCUUUUGUACAUUUUAAUAAAUAAUUUUUAUAAUAUAAAAUUUGUUAAUAUUCCAAUCUACUAAUUUAUU